AUGUCCCUCUCGCUCUCCCGCGUCGCGUCCUCCGCCCUCGCGGGCGCGCGAAUCCCGCACCGCGAGCGCGACGCACCGAGACGACGACGAGCGCUCCGCGUGUGCGCCCUCGCGAGAGGUCCGAUACGGUUGAGCGCGAAUAAGAAGAAGAAGAAGCUCGAAAAGCAGCGAGACGCCAAGAGCAAGGACCGGGAGAGUCGCAAGCGCGACGCCACGCUCGUCGAUCGCGUGAACGACGCCGAGCACGAGGCUCGACGAUGGCUCGGACAGCACUUCUUGAUCGACGCGAGCGUGGUCACGGACGCGGUGGAGGCGGCGAGGUUGAACGAAGGGGACAGGGUGCUGGAGAUUGGACCCGGGACGGGAAACCUGACGUGCGAGUUGUUGUCUCGAGGAGCCAACGUGUUGGCGGUGGAGAAGGAUAGGAAUUUGGCGGAAAAAUUACGUAAAGGGUUGUGCGUGGAGCACGGAGAGGCGCUGAGGCUGGUGGAGGGAGAUUUUUUAAAGUGGGACGGUUUGGCGGCGGCGUUCGCGAGAACGAGCCCAGAGCAACCGAGGGCAAAGGUGGUGGCGAAUAUUCCGUAUAACAUCACCACAGACGUGCUCAAGGUGUUGCUUCCGAUGGGUGAUGUGUUCGAGGAUAUGAUUUUUAUGUUUCAGGAGGAGGUGGCGCAGCGACUCGUUCGCGACGACGCCGGGGGCGGCGACUAUCGAGCGAUGAGCGUGCGCGUGCACUACUACUCGAAGCCGUAUUACAUCCGUUUCGUUCCCCCGACGUGCUUUAUGCCACCCCCAAACGUGGACUCGUGCUUGAUCGGGUUCAAGCCGAAGGAACCGCACGAGCUUCUACCGCUGAACGGCACGGAGAACCAAUUCUUCACCUUUGUCCAGGCAUGCUUUGCGCAAAAGCGAAAAAUGUUGCGAAACAAUCUCAAGGCGGUGUGCGAGGAGAACACCAUGGAGGGUGCGUUUGCGAUGCUUGACCGCGGAGACAAAAUUCGCCCGCAAGAACUGACAAUGGAGGAGUACGUCAGGCUCUUCAACUUUGUCCGAGAGCGCGCCGCCGAGAGCGCGCCGAGCUCGGAGCAAUGA